AAUCGAACAAAAACGGAAGUGCAGCGUGAGAAAAAAUGUGUUGUGAUUGAGGUUAGCGUUAGUUAGCUAGUGUUAACUUGUUUUAUGUUUGAACGAAAAAGAUAAGACGGUGAUUUGUUGAAGGAAGAAUUUUCCUUCUGUUCUCUAAAACUCCAAAAUAGGUAUCGAUCCUGGACUAGCCCGUCAAUUUCUCUGAAAACUAGAGCAAAGUGUGAGCCAGGAUGGAUCCAGCGCUACUGAGGGAGAGGGAACUGUUCAAGAAAAGAGCUCUGUCCACACCAGCUGUAGAGAAGAGACCGGCUGUGUCAGACUCUGGAUCACACAAAAAGAAGAAGCCUAAAGUUGACAAAGACAGCUCCUCAGGGUCCAAACAUAGUGCUGAGUCCAGUAAUGGGAACUUUAACAUCAAGGCGAGCUCCGGGUACAAAUUUGGCUGCCUUGCCAAGAUAGUCAAUUAUAUGAAGACAAGGCAUCAGAAUGGUGACACACACUUUCUGACCUUAGAAGAGAUUCUGGAUGAGACCAAACUUCUUGACAUCAGUAUGAAACAGAAACAGUGGCUCAUGACUGAGGCCUUGGUGAACAACCCAAAAAUUGAGGUCAGGGAUGGGACAUACGGUUUCAAGCCCAAGUAUAACCUGAAGGACAAGAAGGCCUUACUGAGGCUGCUGGACAAACACGACCAGCUAGGCCUGGGAGGAGUGCUGCUGGACGACGUAGAGGAGGGGCUACCGAACUCAGCUAAGGCAAUUAAGGCUUUGGGGGAUCAGAUCAUUUUUGUGACAAGACCAGACAAAAAAAAGAUCCUAUUCUACAAUGACAAGCACUGCCAGUUUGUGGUAGAUGAAGAAUUUCAGAAGCUGUGGAGGAGUGUUCCAGUUGAUUCCAUAGAUGAAGAGAAGAUUGAGGAGUACCUAAAGAAACAAGGCAUCUCCUCUAUGCAAGAAACGGGACCAAAGAAAGUGUUACCAGUUCAAAAGAGGAAGAAGCAAGGUGGGCAGAGGAAGAGACACUUCAAGACCCACAACAACCAUUUGGCAGGAGUGCUGGAGGACUAUUCGGAUGGUGUUCCUGCGAAGAAGUGAAGUCCCUUCUCUCACUGCUACGUGCCCUGUAGAAUCAGUGUGGUUGUAGUUGGAGGCUCUGGCCACACUACAGUACAAAGGCGCUUUAUGACUGCCUGUUGUGUCAAACAAACUAGCUUCUUUUCCUUCCUUUGCACUCGUCUCGGUGACCAGUGGUCUUGUGUUACAUGGAGUGAAUAGCACCUGUGUUGUGGAAUUAUUUUCAGUUUUGUUGAUCAGUGAUAACUGAAGGACAAAGGGGAAAAGAGUGCAGAGACCAUUAAGAACACCAAAUGCCCUUACCAAAAAAAUACCAUCCUUAAAGGGAGCACUGCAACCUUACUGUUAGAUUAUAAAUGAGGUUCAGGUGUGUAAAUAUUUUAUUCAGAGUACCACAGAGAGGUGUGUGUUGAAGGUUUUGAGACGGCAGCUGUCCUCACCUAAUGGAAACCUUUAAUCCUUUUAGUAGGAAUUGCAAAAGACACUUUUGUGUUGUGCAGUGCAUCACACUGAGGUCUCUCAUACAGCAUAAAACGUCUUGGAUGUUACUUCUUGUGGAGUUUCAGAAUAUUGAAAUUCUUUCAUGUUUCAGCUACAUAGUGGUUUGGAACCUAUUUUAAUAAGUUACACAAUACUGCCUAGUUUUACAUACAGUUCAGUGACGGUGAUUGUUACAUCAAUUAAUUACCCAUUUAAUUCCCAACACAGUAUUACAGUGUUAUAUAUAAAAAUCUAAUUGAGAAUCACUGAAAAUACUUUGAUUUAGUAUUGGUACUUAUCCCAUUUUUAUUUUGUGAAUAUACAAUGAAUACAUUCCCAUGUAUUCUUUCUGUACUACUUAAAAAAAACUGUUUCAUAAA